CUUCGCUGCACACCAGGUCAGAUGAUGUCCACAGAAUCCAACUCCAAAGGCGUCGCAGUCGUCACUGGAUCCGGUCAAGGAAUUGGGCACACCAUCGCAGUACGCCUUGCAGGAGAUGGCUACGACGUCGUGAUCAACGAUUUGGAAAGUAACAAAGAGAAUUUGGACGCAGUCAAGAAGGAAAUCACUGCUAAUUUCCCGGAGCGCAGAGUAUUGAUCGUGUUUGCAAAUGUCACUAUCGAGGAGGAAGUCAAAGGACUGGUUGAGAGUGCAGUGAAAGAGUUUGGCAAGCUGAAUAUUUUUGUUGCAAACGCAGGCAUUGCCGUGAUAAAACCACUCUUAGAAACAACAUCCGAUGACUGGGAUUCUGUGUUUGCAGUGAAUGUCAAAGGCACUUUUUACAGUUAUAAAUAUGCGGCGCAGCAGAUGAUAGCCCAAGGUGACGGUGGAAGAAUUAUCGGCGCAAGCUCUCUCGCGGGAAAGAAAGGUCAUGCUUCAGUCAGCGCUUAUUGUGCAUCAAAGUUUGCUGUGCGAGGGCUGACGCAAUCUGCAGCCGUUGAACUUGGUCGCAACGGAAUCACCGUGAACGCAUAUGCGCCUGGAGCAAUUCAGACAUCAAUGCUUUCCGAGUUGGCGGCAGUAGAUGAUUCCGUCGACCUUUACGAGGAAUUCAAACGGUUGUCAUCAGUAGGUCACCUUGGAACUACACAGGAUGUCGCGAGCCUGGUUUCUUUUCUGGUAACCCCGGAAGCACGUUUUAUCACAGGCCAGACAAUAACGAUCGACGGUGGUAUCUUUUUUGAUUGAACGCGGACCACAGGCUAAAUAUUAUAGAUAACGGUGAUACAUAUAUUCUUUAAGCUUCGAUCGAAGGUGGAUCGGUGACGCCUAGGAUGUGUCUCCUUACCUUUGCCUUUCUGGACAUCAUAACUUUUGUACGGACAAGCACGCCUGUACUUCUUUGAUUGAUGCUAGAAUAGUAAUAAUGGUAAACCCUCCCGCAUUGCGUUUGAGACUGGCUUACAAGUGACGAUUCAGCGACCACCAUACAUACCAGAAC